CCAUGCAAUGUUGGCCACGGCGCAUGCCCGAAGCCCAGAGACUAUAGGCGUAUAGUCUGAACAAUUCACCUCGUGUGCACGACUGCCUGGGCUGGACAGGGCCCGAGUACGCCAUGUCGCUGCUCCGGCCGACAUGCGCUUCACUUGCACGGCGGCUCUGCACCGCCCAAGCACCCAUUGAACACUCGUCCACAUCCCCGCUACUGGCCCUCAUCCAGCGCCAUCGAACAUCACGGCCGCAAUGUCGCUUCUUUGCUUGCACGCCCCGCUAUCGAGCCAGAGUCAUAGACACACCGCGAAACCCCACCGUCCCGCAGUCCCGCAAGCGCACCGUACGAAUAGGCCCGCUGCCCGACGGGCCAGUCGGUGACGCAACAAUACAGCGCAUCUUUGGCUGGAAGCUGUCGCCACAGGACGGCAACAAUGUCUUGCGCAUCCUGCACCACCGGCGGACAGUCGGCUCUCUAGCCGACUAUGGCGUGGACAACCUAGGCAAGCAGUACACGCACGUGAGCCGGGAAACCGCACUCAAGGGGCUCGAAUGGCUGCGGACAGAGUACCCGAUAGACGAGGCGCGCGCAGCAGAAGAAUGGGCCGAGAAGGAGGCCAACCGCAUCGCCUACGAGCUAUGGCUAGCAGACCCGGAGACCGAGUCCAAGUACAAGGACCCCGCCCGCGCCUUUCGGGAGAAGAUGGAACAGGAAGAGCAGGAGCGGCUGCGCCAGGAAGGAGAGGACCAGAAGAUUGGCAUUCUGCAUGCGGGCAAGAGUCAGUUUGAGCUCAACAUUGAAGAGAAGAGGAGAGCGCGGUUGGAGGAAAUCACAAGAAUAGCAGAGGAGAAGGAGCAAAAAGAGCGCGAGAUGGAGGAGAAGCUCGCCAGCGGAGAGUGGGUGCGUACGCCAACGGGCACGCAGCUCAUGAAGCCUGGUCAGACAACGUACAUUGAUGUCUUUGGCCGUGAACAAGUCAGCCGAAGGAAAGAAGAGAUGGAAAAGUACAACAAGGCCGCCCAGGUGACAGAUGCGAAGACCCCGGAAGAACUACUGGCUCAGACUACUCUCGCACAGCGUCUCUCCCCCAUGACGGCCUUUGUCCUCGUCACCGUCAUCCUCUCCUGGGCUUUCGCAUACUACUACCUGCCGCCGUCGCCCGAGUACCGCCUCUUUCCAGACCUGUCUCCCAUAACUGCCACCAUAGGCGCUCUGGUCGUGACAAACUGCGUCGUGGCAAUUGCAUGGCGAAUCAUGCCCCUCUGGCCCUUGAUGACGCGCUACUUCAUGCACGUGCCCGGCUACCCACGCGCGGUGCAGAGCGUCUUGAACAUCUUCAGCCAUAUCCAAUACGAGCACCUGAUCGCAAACAUGAUGAUGCUGUGUCUCGUCGGCCCCGCGUGCUGCGACCUGGUCGGGCGCGGCAUCUUCAUGGGCACGUACGUCAGUGCCGGAGCCGUUGGCACACUCGCCUCGCUCUACUGGGCGAAUCUCGGUCGCGGAAACAUCACGGCGCAUUCUGUGGGCGCCUCCGCCGCCAUCUGGGGCAUCUCGGCCCUCUACUGCCUUCUCACCGACCAGGAAACCAUCAAGAUCCCGCUGCUGCGAGACUCGGAAGUGGCGUUUUGGCCAAAGAUGCUGUUUGCCGCCUUUGUCGUGCUCGAAAUACACUCGGCCCUGAGGAAGCGCUCCAGCAUGGAUCAUGCAAGCCAUUUUGGCGGCAUGUUCGUGGGCAUGGGCACCGCCGGAUACUUGAGGGCUACGGGCUGGCACGACAGAAAGCUGAGUGUGGAUGUGGAGAGGGCGGACAACCCAGACAAGACAGUGGUUGUGGGUGCCAUGGCCAAGGAGGGGAUUAAAGAGAUCAAGAAUAGUCUUGUUGGAGGCUCAAAGUAACCAAGUAACACAUGGCUCUGGCUCUUGCAUACGCGAGUUCGAUGAGACUACAAGAGUUUCAAUUGCUCCUCUGACUACUCAUUGUAUUAUAUCUUGAUUGUACAACUCCCCAUGAUCUACGACUUGCGUUGGCUUCAUCAACUACACUCUUAGCAACUAUGAAGAAGAAGAAGAAGAAGGAGGAGGAAACUUGAGUAAAACACCCACGUUCAUGCCUAUAACCAGCCGAACCAAGUCCCAAUCCCCAUUUUCCCCUACACAAUCCAUAACCACUAUGCCCGUGCUGCCAUCGCCACUCUUUGCCUUUCUC